AUGGAGUCAACGAAAGGUGUUUUAAGUCACCUGAGCGCGCUGGAACAAUGGGCGAUUGGCCGCAAAGUACAACCUCUGCAGCGGAGUCGCGUGGAGGAGCUGCAGGCUCGCGUGGAGGCGCUGACCGCACAGAGGGACCGACUCAAGGCAGAGAUCCAUACACUCAAGGACAUUGUAAAACGCAAGGAACGACAGAUCAAUCAGUGCACAGAAGAAGAAGAAACUGGGGUUAACGACAGCGAGAACGAACAACUUCUGAAGUUGUUGGCCAGGCAGAUGCAGCUGAAAGAGCUUCUGCAUGCUCAUCACAUCAUUGGUGGCUACGACAUCAUCGAAACUCAAAGUAGAGACUGCGUGUGUGUGACUCUGACAACAGCUUAUAACGGAGUUUACCUUGACACGUACAACUUGGAGUUGAAAGUGAAGCCAACGCUGAAGAUCAUUCGCCACAACGUGCCGCCGUUCAUUGCGCUGAGCGACCUUGCCAGGCAGGCCGACAUACGGGACGACCUCAGGGGAUUCCUGGACGAGCUCAGCAUGCACCUUAAUGCCUUUGUAGGUCGCAGACAGCAGCUGAGCCUUGUUAAGGAACUCCAUCCGUGGGCAGUAGUGAUGGAGAGCAACAUGCUAUGUUCCUUGUUGGUGCUCAUGCUCAGGAUUCCCGGAAAGAAGGCAGAGCUGCUUUGCACACUCAAAUACAUGGACCACACCAGAUGUCUGCCCACAGAGGUCCACUUUGAUUGUGAAGAUGAGAAGAUUCCAGAGUCACCAGAGUGGAAAAACAACCUGAAGCUUCUUAUGGAGAUGCCAGUUCACAGAGUGUUAGACACCAUGAAGACCAUGUCACACAUUGGUUAA